CAGCUUGUUGGCACCUCAAGACGCGUUCGUCCAACCGUCUGGAAUACGACCAGUUCGUUGUUGCAAUCACAUUGUUCAGGGCAAGAGCCUAAGCCGUGUGCAGCAUUGACGAUCUCACUCUGCUUUGCCCGUUGGAAGUGAUGGGUUCUGAACAGCACGAAAAGGUGCUCGAACGGCUUUUGCGUCCUCGCCCAGAGGAUUCUGCGGAAAUUCUUCUGGAGCUGGGUCUAUCUGGGCUGCCUACAAGGGAACAGGUGCACAGGGAGAUCGAGGAGAAAUUGCUCCUUCCUAAAGAACGCUUGCCGGAACAUUGGCUCCCUACCUACCAAAUACACUGGGACCAUGAGAUUUCUGUCCCCUCAUUGCUCUCGCUAGAGCCUUCCCCACCGCCGACGACUUUAGCGUUCGUUCGAGCCGGUCUGCAUGGGCGCGUUACAGGGUACAAAGAAGUAUCUAAUCCCCGUAUCCCUUCGGGACUGACGUCAACCUCUCUCGAUCGUGCCCCUGGCCCCAGUGGCAGCUUCGUAAGAGGAAAAGCAGGUUAUGUGCCAUUCUGGCCGGGAGGGCUUGAGCAAAGCAAGAAGAGUGAGCUGGAUGUGAUCAAUGACCUGCAAGAAGAGUCAAUCGGCUUGAGGAGAGUUGCUCCUGGACUAAGCCGCGGAUUGCGUCUGCCUGGAGAAGAAGUCGAGGAAACGUUGCCAGAGGAAGAGCUGGAGCCAUUAUCGCGACCUAUCAAGACUGACAUUGAAUUCUUGCCAAAUGGAGAGGCUUACGCAAAUGAGGUCACUUUGAGCGGCACAUCUGAGAUCGACGAACUUCUCCCAACUACUAGAACACAACUGACAACGAUCAAGAAACCACGCCGACCAGCACACCGAACGAAUGUGCAGAAGCGAGAUUGGGCGCACGUAGUAAAUGUCAACAAGGAAAUGACCAAUUUCCAUGAAUUGGUACCAGACAUGGCACACAAGUACCCAUUCGAGCUCGAUACAUUCCAAAAGCAAGCAGUGUAUCACCUUGAGAUGGGUGACUCUGUAUUUGUUGCCGCGCAUACAUCCGCAGGUAAAACGGUCGUUGCGGAAUAUGCCAUUGCAUUGGCUGGAAAGCAUAUGACGAGAGCAAUUUAUACUUCACCUAUCAAGGCCUUGUCUAAUCAGAAGUAUCGUGAUUUCAAGCAAACCUUCUCAUCCUCCUCCAUCGGCAUCUUGACAGGAGACGUGCAGAUCAAUCCGGAAGCCAAUUGUCUCAUUAUGACAACGGAGAUCUUGCGUAGCAUGCUAUACAAAGGCGCUGAUCUCAUCCGAGACGUCGAGUUUGUGAUAUUCGACGAGGUCCAUUACGUGAACGAUGCGGAGCGCGGAGUCGUCUGGGAAGAGGUUAUCAUCAUGCUCCCUGAUCAUGUCAACAUCAUCCUUCUAUCAGCUACCGUACCAAACGCGAAAGAAUUUGCCGAUUGGGUGGGACGAACGAAAAAGAAAGAUAUAUAUGUCAUCUCAACAUCAAAACGACCUGUUCCUCUAGAACACUACCUUUAUGCAGGGAGAGAUUUCCAUAAGAUCGUAGAUGCCAACGGUAAUUUCUUAGGAGAAGGGUAUCGUGCUGCGUCGGAAGCGCUUCGACGGAAGCAAGACAAGGAACGAGAAGCAGCGGGACUAGCGCCUGUGCAACGCUUGGGUGCACGUGCUGCUGCACCACAGAGGGGUCAGCGCGGCGGUCCAGCUGGACGAGGCGGUCAGCGUGGGGGCACACCAUCGAGAGGUGCUGCGCCACCCCCACGUGGAGGCUCUCCGCGGACAUUCCACCAGCCUGACAAGAACCUUUAUGUCCAUUUGAUGGGUAAUCUGAAGAAGAAAUCUUUGCUGCCGGUUGUGGUCUUCACACUAUCCAAAAAGAGAUGCGAGGAGAAUGCGAGCACCUUGACAAAUCUGGACCUGUGCACAGCAGUGGAGAAGAGCGAGAUUCAUGUCGCCAUUGAGAAAGCGUUGUCGCGGCUGAAAGGAAGUGAUCGACGGCUACCCCAGAUUCGCAGAAUGCGCGAUCUGCUUUCCCGUGGAAUAGGCGUGCACCAUGGAGGGUUGCUCCCUAUUGUGAAGGAGGUCGUGGAGAUUCUCUUUGCUCGAGGACUGGUCAAAGUUCUCUUCGCAACGGAAACAUUUGCAAUGGGAGUGAACAUGCCUGCUAAGUGUGUGGUGUUCUCCAAUAUCCGCAAGCACGACGGUCGUGCUUUCAGGGAUAUUCUUCCCGGAGAAUACACGCAAAUGGCUGGGCGUGCUGGACGUCGUGGACUAGAUCCAACUGGCACAGUAGUCAUCGUUGCAAACGACACAUUACCGGAGCAAUCCACGCUCAAUGGUAUGAUCCUGGGGAAACCAUCGAACCUACAGUCCCAGUUCCGUUUGACAUACAAUAUGAUACUGAAUCUUCUUCGGGUCGAGGCUCUAAGGGUCGAAGAGAUGAUCAAACGAAGCUUUUCUGAGAACAGUUCCCAGAAGAUGUUGCCAGAUCAAAUGAAGAAGGUCAUAGAGAGCGAGAAGGUGUUGUCUAGGUUGCCAGAAUUGAGUUGCGACGUCUGCUUCCCCGAUAUCGAGCACUUUUACGAUGCGUCAUACGAAAUUGUUGACCUAAAUCAGACGAUACUGUCGCUAGCCGCCAAAAACUCGCAGUGGAGCAGACUUAUGGGGACUGGCAGAGUCGUCGUCUUACGGGAUGAGCGUUUUAGGUGGAACAUGGCAGUGGUACUGAGAAAUGAUCGCAAGACGGACGAGACUAUUAUAUUGGCGAUGGUUGAUCCCGAGACCAAGGCGGCAUUGCUAGAACUUGAAAGGAAGGAAGAUGCGAGUGGCCAGAGCCCCCCUCCUCGAUGGCCUCCGACUCCGACAUCGCUCGUGGUGGACGAUGCAACGUAUUACCUUUGGAAAGUGCCAUUGACAAGUAUCGCGAUGAUGACUGCUUCCACGAUCAAAGUGGACGCCGACGUGAUUCUAUCUCAAAAACGGAUAUCAAGCAUGAACAGUGCCAUACAGUUACUGAAUGCGGAGUUGGAAAAAUGGCUGCAAGUUGAUAGCAUCCCUGAAGCUGAUUGGAGCAAAUUUCGCUCCCUGGAGUUUCAAGAGGCGUUGCGAGAACGAGAUGAACUGGUGAAGGAACUGGGGGGCUUCCAAUGCACCAUAUGCAGUGAUUUUGAUGAUCAUUAUAUGCAAGUCCAUAGCAGGAAGUCGUUAAUCGCGCACAUCGAGGAGCUCAAGCGCGCGGUGUCAGAGCAAAACAUGGAGCUCAUCCCGGAUUACGAGCAGAGGAUAGGUGUUCUGAAAGAUCUUAAAUUCAUCGACGAGAACUCGACCGUCUUGCUCAAAGGCCGUGUUGCUUGCGAGAUCAACUCGGCCAAUGAGCUCGUUUUGACUGAGCUUAUCCUCGAGAACACCCUCGCGAAUUUUGAGCCCGAGGAAGUCGUCGCACUUCUAUCUUGUUUCGUGUUCCAGGAGAAGACAGAUGUGGAGCCAAUCAUCUCUCCCAAACUGGAGGAAGGGCGGGAUGCUAUCAUUGCAAUCGCUGAACGGGUCAGCCAGAUAAAAGACUAUCACAAAGUACCUGGAGACGAUUUCCGCGCCUUGAAGUUCGGCCUUAUGGAAGUGGUGUACGAAUGGGCGAAAGGCAUGCCAUUCGAGCAAAUCACUGAUCUCACAGAUGUGCCAGAAGGCACCAUCGUCCGCGUAAUUACACGUCUGGACGAGACUUGUCGUGAAGUUAGAGAUGCUGCACGAGUCAUUGGCGAUGCGGAAUUGUUCAAGAAAAUGGAGGAAUCUCAAAUCAAGAUCAAGAGAGACAUUGUGUUUGCUGCGAGUUUGUAUUUCUAGCCGAGAUUUGUCAUAACGCAUCGCAUCAUCUGUAGCGCAAUCCCAAGUGUUAUACAAUGAAUUUUGAGUUGUAACACG